GGAACUAACCUGUCAAAAAUGUCAAAGUCAAAUUCGUGACACGAUAGUAAAUAAAAUUAAAAAAUGAAAAAUCAUUUAUAAACAAAAAAACCUUUCAUGUUUAGUAUGUAACGUAAUAAAUAAAUAAAAAAAUGAAUAUUAAAUUAAAAUACAGGAACCAUCCAAACACGUUUCAUGAAUAAUAUAGGUUAUGGAAGAUUUAUUACGACCGUGUGCCUUCUUACACGACCAACAAUUUUUAAUUGAAUUUAAUAAAGUAAACAAAAACUAAAAGAGGUCAUAGUUCAAAUCAAUUAGUGCGUUGCAUUGUUAACAUGUCCGUACCGAGUUAUGCAAGUGAUAUACACAGAAAUUCUACUGUUUGAGUGAUUCAUAAAAGUGCUAAAUAGUGAUAUGGGGCAAUCCGGCAGCGCUAUACCUGCGCCCAGGACCUCGUGCACGGGCGGUGCUCCCAACAACCUCCCGCCGCUGACCUUCCACAGCGUCCACGGAGAGAACAUCAGGGUGUCUAGGGACGGGCUCACCGCGAGACGGGUGGAGUCCUUCUGCAAGGGAGUCGCCUUCUCCGCGAGGCCUGUUAGAGUUAACGAGAAGGUGUGCAUUCGCUUCGUAGAGAUAUCGAACAGCUGGAGCGGGGUGAUCCGAUUCGGCUUCACCUCGCACGAUCCCGCGACCCUGGCCCACGCUCUGCCCAAAUACGCGUGUCCCGACCUCACAAACAAACCGGGCAACUGGGCGAAAGCUUUAGGCGAAAGGUUCUGCGAAACGGACAACGUGCUACACUAUUACGUGAAUUCAACUGGCGAUGUGCACUUUGGGGUUAACGGCGAAGACCGGGGGCUGUUCUUUUCCGGAGUGGACACCAGGAGUCCCCUGUGGGCGCUGGUGGACGUUUACGGAAACUGCACAGCCGUCCAGUUCGCCGAUCCCAGGGUGCCGAGCCAGAGGCGGUCGAACCACAGCCCCGCAGACGAAGACAGACUGGUGUCCGGCGUCAGAGCGAUGACCGUAGAGGACCUGCCUCCGCCCAGAUACCAGAAUCCACUGGCGCCGCUAAGCUUGCACAGAACGAAGGGCCGGAACGUUCAGGUGGUCAAUGAUAGGGGUAUCGCCGCUAGAACCGAAGCCGAAUUCUGUCAGGGAUACGUGUUCACGGCGCGACCCAUGCGUCCGGGGCAGACCAUAGUCGUUCAGAUCCUGGCCACGGAGACAGCGUACGCCGGCAGCCUGGCCAUAGGACUCACGUCCUGCGAUCCUGGGACUCUGAGGCCAUGCGAUUUGCCCGACGAUGCGGAGUUGUUGUUAGAUCGACCGGAAUACUGGGUCGUGAGGAGGGACGCAGCUAACGGCCUCAGGAGAGGAGACGAGCUGGCCGUCACGCUGACCCUGGACGGAGAGGUGAGGGUCAGCAGGAACGGCUCGAAUCCGGUGACGGUGAUGCACGUCGACCAUACGUUAAGGCUAUGGGCUUUCGUGGAUGUAUACGGCGCGACACAGAAAGUCAGGAUGCUGAGUACGCAGACGGUGGCGCAGACCCCUCCCCCGCAGCUGAGGGUGGUGGCGGGGGCGGGUAGCGCGGGGGGCGCGGUGCUCGUCGUCAGCCUGCCCCCGCAAGCCGGGGGACACCAGGUCAACCAACAGGGGCUCACUCUGGCCAGCGCACAUUAUAUCGAGCCGAUCCAGGCGACGUCUCAGAUCUGUCUGACCGGCCUCCAGCCCCUCGCUCAGCCGUCCACCUGCGCCCAGCAGUUCCAGUCCCGUCCCCGGAACGAGGUUCAGUGCUCCUCCACCCAGAAUAGCACCAACGAACAGGUCCAGAUGCCGAACGGCCACCCGGAGCCUCUGAGGCUGGUGGAACGGCUGCCCUCGACCAGCCGCCAGCACCAGCCCGUGUACUCCGUCAUCGGCGAGGGUCCGACGGGCGCCGAAUGCUCUAUAUGCUACGAGAACCCAAUAGAUAGCGUGCUGUACAUGUGCGGGCACAUGUGUAUGUGUUAUCGGUGCGCGGUGCAGCAGUGGAGGGGGAAGGGCGGGGGUCAAUGCCCCCUGUGCAGGGCGCAGAUCAAAGACGUCAUCCGCACGUACAAGUCGUGAUCGCGCGUCCGUCGCCCCCGUUCGAUAGAUGGCGGUGUUGUCGAAACCCCCGGUGCGGUUGUCGCGGCGUUUUGGAUUGUCGGUCCGUGGACAGCUCGAGACCACGCCAGAGCCGCCGAAGCCGCGAACCUUCACGAAUGCUCAUACCAAAUAGCGUUACGGUAAAAAUUUUUUUUAAGUCCCAAUAACGAAAAUUAAAAAAAUAGCAAAAACAAAAUCAACAAAAAAAACAACCCAGAUCUGUAAAUAUUAAUUAAUAUCAAUAAGCCUUCUCUUCAUUAAUAUAUAUUUAUUAUGUAAGUGUUAUUUAAGAUGAUGAUUGAGCGAUGUGAUAUGAUGAUGUUGUCGGGUUAGUUUGAUUUAAUGUUUUAGUGUAACGGGAGAAUAAUGGCGGCGAUACGUUCGAUUCGAACACUAAAUUUGACAGCUGUCAAAUUGAUAGCCGUCAGUUUGACAGCUGUCACUCGACGGUGACUUUCCAGUUUCGAAAAGGUUUUCGUACUUCCACUAUCCUACGACGGACAACAACUAAUAAUUUUAGGGCGAAACGUAAUCAGUCAUUAUGAAUUAUCGAUUUAAGGACUAAUUUUUGCAAUCAGACAAUUAUGUUAUAUGACAUUAGGAGGGAUGUGAACAGUGUUGCUCGUUGAUAUCGUCCCUAGUCUCUUCGUAUGUGUUGAGACGCUCGCAACGAGACCGAGGCUUUAUCAGCGAUACAGUACCUGUCGAGAAAUGCCGCACCUCGACUUUUCGUAAUCGGCUAAUGUCGGCUUCGUAGAGCUCUGUCUCUGUCGCGCAAAACACUAGCAGUCCAAUCGUCACGUGAGCAGUGUGCGACAGAGAUAACGCUUUACGAAACCGACCCUCUCUUACUAAAGACCGAAGUGCGGUAUUUAUCGCCGGGUACUGUACAAGAGAAACGAAGGUACGCGCUGAGAACUAACCGGGAAAUCUUUGAAACCGGCCGCACAAUACUAACGUAUGAUAGAUAUUCGUUUCACUAUCGCGAUUAUGAAUAAAACAUUCCCUAAGUUGACUUUAUCGAUUUGAAGUUGGACUGAAACGUUUUUGACAACGCGUGACAGCUGUCAGAUUGACAAGCAGAGAGCAUUAACUUAGAGUGAGUUGAUUCAGAGAGUCAGAUUGAGUUGAGAAUUCCAGUUAGACCCUAGUAAGAAAUUAGGAAUCGUAACAUAAAUAUGUUUAACGUUUAUUAGAAAUCGAUUGACAUUGCCAAUAACAACAAUAAUAAUAAUAGCGCGGCCCUGAAUUAAAUUAAUAUCUUCUAAAUUGACAUGUGUAUAAAUAAAAAUUAUUAAGUAAUAUAUUAAUAUGCGUAAUUUAAUUUGAAUUUUUAAAAUGUUUGACGCAAGAUGGCGGAUUUUGGUCUUGUCGGCGGGAAAGUUUGACGGAUAAUGUGUGACCAUGUGCAAAGAAAAUAAAAAUUUAAAACUGACUUAUAAAGACUCUUUAAAAUAAAUGGACGAAUACUUUUAUUAUUAUUUCUUAAUAAUUUAAUCGAAAGAGUAACUAAUAAUAAUAAAAUUAAUACGUACUUACUAAAACGCGAGGCUGUCUGUAUAUGACUUAGGUGUUGCUAGAGGAUUAAUUAGGUGUUGCUAGACUGAACAAGAUGCCGCGGUUUCGAGGAUAUUCUAUUAAAUGCGAACCGAAUUUUUCCGAGCGAUUUGAUUUUAGUGCUUCAAGUGUGACGUCGGGUCAGUCAGUGACGUCACGAUCUAAACUCACCCCCUCUUCUUUUUUUAUUUACGAAUUAACUUUUACUAUAUUACUGCUUCUUCAUUGUUCCCUCACUGCUAAGGAUAGUGACCACGUGUGACUUUCCUCCACGGUGUUCGAUCAUGGGUGGGAUGGACCGUAUAGUAUCGACUACCACCAACCGCGUCCUCAACCAGAUCUGACCUCUGCCUGGUGUUCCACCCACGGCGCCUGACCUUUGACGUCCAUUAGUGAGUGGCGGCUGGGGCAUGUUGACGCCCCUGCCCCCCAACGCCCCUCCCCCCGCUACGCCACUAUAGCCCCUUUACCGAUUAAGCAUAAAAACCAGUUCCUAUUAAUGUCUCUUGUCGAUUUUCACGGUCGAUCUCCGGCUUAGCGUUGACACUGCGGUAGACCGCGAGCUACCGGCUCUGUGUUGCCGUUGCUAAAUCGGUGAGAUAUCGAUUUUGUUUUGAAAACGUACGUAAAAUCGAUACGACACAUUCUCUCCAAUUCACACAACACUAGUUACCUUAGUUGAUUCUCAGUGAUCCGAUUUAAUAUUAAAAAGUAGCGGAUGUCAGAUUUUUUAACUCAUUUUCUUUCUGUCUUUUGUUUUAUUUCUUGUAAUUUUCCACAUGUCUUCUCUCUAGACUUUCUAUUACAAAAAAAUAAAUAUUAUAUUAUUAUCCUUUUCAUCUUUCACGAGUCCUGUGUUACUCAAGUUGACAUUUUCAAGGAGAAUCAUUUCAUAUGGGGGAAAAGUUGAAAAAGUUUCCAGCCAGUGUAUGCUAUAAAUAACAGUUCAAAAGGACUUUUUGGCGGGAACGCGAUGAGUUAAGUUGUGUGAUUUGUUUUAUUUUGUUUAUUUAGUGUUUCUUUAGGUUUAAAUGCGUAAUAACGGUGGUUUAUUAACUGUUUAGAAUCUGUGAAAGUGCACAAAUGUGGGAAAAUGAAACAAAGCCACUGGACGUAACUUCUCGGGAUCCUACAAAAAGUCCACUGAAAAAGUCUCAGUAAAUGACCACCAAUUUUUUGAGAUUAUAUUAUCACAUCUCAUUUCAUUUAAUUUCACUACAUCAUGGUUUUCAUAAAAAAAUAAAUAAGACUUGACCUAAAGGUCUUAGUUACUAGGUCCUAAAAUCCCUUAAAAAAAUGAUGCGUGGACCUGGAACUAGGGAGGGGGGGGGGUGAGGGAGAGAUGGGGGAGCCUUGAGCGGGGUUCGUCGGAUUAGUGAGAUCCUACCAUCAUAAUACCAUCGAAUUAUAUUCUAAAUAUUAUAGGUACAUAUCAAUUUUGAAUGUAGAUUAAAACAGAUGUCACAACUAAUUGAGUUAAUUCGUUUUGAACUUAUUUCUUCAUCGCUUCGAUUUGACGCGUACUUCAAAGAUAAUCGUUUGAAUUUAUAAAAAAUUAUGAUUUUUAAUAACAAUAAUUGUAUAUAGACAUGCUUUAACAAAAACCGACUUCAAAUAGAAAAAAAAAGAUAUUCCAAAAUAAAUUAAUAUACACUAAAAACAAUAAUCAUCGGAAUCGGUUGGCGUGAUAUUGAGUUAUUUAGUUAUUCAUCUGUUUGUCGCGCACGUACCUAAUGCAAAUCUAAGACAUAUAUGGUUUUCUCAUGGUUACCAUUAUCUAACUCCAUUUCUAAUGUUUUAAAUAAAAUUUUAUGAAUGUUUUGAAUUAACACGAAGCUUGGGCGGGAAAUUGUUAUGUUUUAUUUCGAAAAUUAUCAUCAACAAUCAAAUUCUUCGCGAACCGUAUUGCUUUAUGUACGUGCAGAAGUAAAAACGAAUUAAAAACAAUUUUAUUACAUAUUGAUUUAGUUUCUUGUUAAAAUGUAAAUCUAUAAAAUCAAAAUGUUAAUAAUUUAUUUUUUCACAAGAUGGCGUCGUUUCAAAAUAUGUCAAACCUCCCGUGUCAUUGAACUGAGCGAAACGAUUCGAUAAAUACACAUCUCUAAAGUAACGGUCAAGUGAAAUACGAUAUUAAGUUAAAGGUUUUAAGGUUGAUUGUUGAUCGAAAUUAAAUGUAACAUACGACUUUUCGGUUCGGGUUUCGUGUUGAUCGUACAUUUUUUUUUAAAUAAAGAACGUCAUUAUCUAGUCUUUAGUAAUUUAUUUAAAUUAAUCUUUUUUUUUGUUUGUUUUCUAAUUAUCACGAGAGUCGAGACGGUAUUUUGUAAGCGAUGUCGGAGAAAUAGGUUAAGUGUAAAAAUAAACAAAAAUAAAAAUGGUUAUGAAAAAUGUAUAAA